UGAUUUGCUUAUUCUGUUUUUCCCUUGUAGAUCCUCGGGAUUUGAAGAUGGCUGCCCAGUCAGCGCCGAAAGUUGUGCUAAAAAGCACCACCAAGAUGUCUCUAAAUGAGCGCUUUACUAAUAUGCUGAAGAACAAACAACCGAUGCCAGUGAAUAUUCGGGCUUCGAUGCAGCAACAACAGCAACUAGCCAGUGCCAGAAACAGAAGACUGGCCCAGCAGAUGGAGAAUAGACCCUCUGUCCAGGCAGCAUUAAAACUUAAGCAGAAGAGCUUAAAGCAGCGCCUGGGUAAGAGUAACAUCCAGGCACGGUUAGGCCGACCCAUAGGGGCCCUGGCCAGGGGAGCCAUUGGAGGACGAGGUCUACCUAUAGUCCAGAGAGGCUUGCCCAGAGGAGGACUGCGUGGGGGACGCGCUACCAGAACCCUGCUUAGGGGCGGGAUGUCGCUCCGAGGUCAAAACCUGCUUCGAGGUGGACGAGCCGUAGCUCCCCGAAUGGGCUUAAGAAGAGGUGGUGUUCGAGGUCGUGGAGGUCCUGGGAGAGGGGGCCUAGGGCGUGGAGCUAUGGGUCGUGGCGGAAUCGGUGGUAGAGGUCGGGGUAUGAUAGGUCGGGGAAGAGGGGGCUUUGGAGGCCGAGGCCGAGGCCGUGGACGGGGAAGAGGUGCCCUUACUCGCCCAGUCCUGACCAAGGAGCAGCUGGACAACCAAUUGGAUGCCUACAUGUCAAAAACUAAAGGACACCUGGAUGCUGAGUUGGAUGCCUACAUGGCACAGACAGACCCUGAAACCAAUGAUUGAAGCCUGCCUACCCUCCUGUGAGAGACUUGUUAAAGUUGCCACAUCUGUAAAUAACCUUGGAUGACAGAUGAGAAGAAACCUAAUGGAUGAUAGAAGGACCUAUUCAUAACAGGCUGUGGACUUACGCCACCAGUUUGUGCAUUUGGUGUGUUCCUUUUUCUUUUGAUACACUGUGUUGUAUGACAACCCCUUUUCCUUUGAUUUGGGUGGGUGUGUUUUGUUGUUUUUCCCUUCAGCCAGACUUCUCUUUGAACAUGAGUGUGUUGGCCUUGUGGGUAGAACACUUUUCCUACCUCUGCCUCCUCUUGCCUGUCAUUCUCUCUGACAUUCUAAUGUUCCCUGUGUUUAUCUCUACUCCUACCGAAAGAUCUCAGAGCCAGUGUUCUUCCUUAAUGCUUUGGUUUCUAAGUUGGAAUUUCAUUGUCGAUCCUCUAUACUUGGCUCUUAAUGUUAAGAAAAUCUGGAGCUCAAAAAUGCAUUCAGCUGUGUUGCUACUGUAGAAGCACUGACUUUGCUACAGGGCCACAUUACAAGGAACACAUGGUGACAUCUGUAGUUACUCUGAAAUGACUACCAUGUUCAUUGACAUCACAUAGAUGAUAACCAGUGUGCCGAACUGAAUAUGUGUACUUUCUACCCCAACUCAGAUUUUGAAGCUUCUCCCUGGGCCUUGUUGCAUUGGCUUCUGCCUAACCAGUUGGUUUGGUAGAUGCAGCAGAAGGAAAAAGGAACAGGAGUGGUGGCAGGUGGACUAACUGCUUGUUGAAAUGCUGUUACCGUCAUAUUUGUUUGAGCUUCUUUACUAAAUGGCUUUAUUUGACCCUCUUUCCCUUAAAGGUUUGAGUUCAACCAUAACCUGUCAGUUGCAGUUUCAGUGGAAUCUUGUAUUUCUGGUUCAUUACAACAAAUUGUUCUCUCAGA